AUGAUGCGUCUACGCCGUGACCGACGACUACUGAACCCACACCAUAUUCAAGUCAAGAUAAAUCAGGGGAAGAAAUCGCCUGGGGCCGAAGAGGAGCUUCCGGCCAAGCCUGCCGUGACGAAGAGUAAUACUGCCGGAGGCCUGGAGACUCGGAAGCCGACAUCCAGACGUGUCGAAGCGACGACAACGCGGCGCAGGGGUUCCCGUCUAGUUCGAGCUCAAGUUAGGAGGGGACUCAGCAACGUGCGCUGGGAGUGA